AUAAUUAUUUGAUAAGGGGAGCGAUACACUACUUGGGACGAAUAGUGAAAAGAAUUGCGUAUUUUGGUGAAUCGAAUAUGAAAUGAAUUUUGCGAGAAUGGAUGCUAAUAUUUCCUACUGUUACGAAUACGAUGCGAAUGCGGAUGUGGAUGCGUAAUCCUUAGAAUCAGAUUACGUACGAGGCACGCUGGACGCUGGACGCUGGUCGUAGCACCUAGCAUCGAACCGAACCGAACCGUAGAUUUACGUCUUCUAGUCGUUGCUGUAGUCAUUUCCCAUUAUCGAGCAGUGCGGUCGUUUCGUUGAAAUUGUUAUUCUGUUACGGAUACCGCCCGCCUACUCAUUAGUUUACUUUCUACUCGUCGUACCUGCAGGCUGCAGUUGUACUUGGUAUUCGAUAGCUACUAGCUAGUUAGCUACUGUACUCGAAAAUGACGUCGAUUUUGGAGCAGUACGAACAGGCUACGUCGCCGUAUUCGCAUACCGCCGCGGAGCCAGGUGGCGAAAAUUCGGUUGGCGACUACGAUUACCUCGAUGCGAGCUACGAUCAACAGCCGGAGGAAUCAUCUUGGUUCAGCGUGAAACCUUUGAACGUAACGCUCGCCGCCGGUUGCAAGCUACAGAGUAUCGCAGUAGGCAAAGAUACCGUCGUCUAUUCGACUUCCAACAACACGCUAUUUUUAUCGGACCGCAGCAAGGCUAGCAAGGCGGCAGACGAAAUUGACGCGAGUAAGGCGGUCGGAGCUGCUUGUAAAGUGAAAAAUAUAUUUUUGGAUCCGACCACCGGUCGCCAUUUACUCUUCUCGGUUCUGAUUCCUUGCAAAAAUGCCGCCACGUCGUCCGCCAUUAACCACUCUCACGAGCUGUUCUAUUUGAACACGACCAGCGGUAACCAUCACUACAAGCCGAAGCUGAUGGCUAAACUGAAAGGUCACGAGAUAACCGCCGUCGGCUGGAAUCGUAUUCACGUAACCGAUUAUUCGUCGUCUUUCAUUCUUUUGGGCACGUCGAAAGGUUUAAUAUUCGAAACCGAAAUCAAUUCGGAAACGGAGAAAUUGUUUCAAAGCGGCAUCGAAUCACACUGUCGACAGGUGUUCGAUAUUGGAAAAGGCAACGCUUCGAUGACGAUAACUGGUAUAGAAUUUAAUCAGUUCGAAAACGCGCCCGAAAACUUUUUCAUACUGGUGACGACGAAUGAUAGGUUGUAUCAGUUUGUCGGCAAAACCAACGGAAACGAAGAGAAACCUUUUCUUUCGCAAAUUUUCAAUAAUUAUCUGAAUAUGCCAGAAAACUGCGUGAAAAUCGGCAACGCUGGCCAAUCGUCCGUAUUGCACGUGUAUUACGAGUCGAAUUCGAAUGAAAAUGACCAACAGCGAGCGCCAGCGUCAGCGUCAGCGCAUCGUUCUCGUCGCGUUGUGCCAAAAUUUUUCGCCUGGCAAAUCAGCGGAGUUGGCAUUUUGUUCGGCGAGUUGAAUUUGCACUGGGACGAAGGUUUGAGCCAAGUAUGCGUUCAAAAACAUAGAAUAGAUUACGAUUCUUCGCAGUUACCAGAAUCGACGUCCGUCGCCCUUACCGAAUUUCACGUGCUUUUGCUGUACCCGAAUCGAAUAAUCGCCGUUUCCAACAUAAACAAACGAGUGAUAUUCGUACGCAAUAACGACGAGACACACGGUAAGUACGUGGCUAUUACUCGGGACUACGAGUCGAACGUUUGGAUUGUUUGCGAGAAAAACAUUUGCAAAGGGAAAUUUGUGCACGAGGACAGAUCAGUGUGGAAAAUUUACGCCGAUUUGAACGAAUUUUCAUUGGCCAAGAAGUAUUGCAAAGGCAACCCGAAUUCGUUGAGAGUUGUGAAAAAAAAAGAAGCCGAAUACUGUUUCGGUGGCGGUUUGUACGAGGAGAGCGCAUCUUUAUACGCCGAGUUGGAUUGUAUUUCUUUCGAAGAGAUUGCUUUGAAAUUUUUGCUAGCCGAACAAAUUAACGCGUUGAAAUUAUAUCUUUACCGGACGUUGGAUAAAUUGAAAUCGCACGAAAGCGCCCAUAUCAGCGUGAUCGUAUUCUGGUUAUUCGAGAUAAAUGAGAAGCAGUUGGCGCUGUUGAAAAACGACGACAGCAAGACGGACGAGUAUCGUCGGCUUCAGAGCGAUAUGAAAGCGUUUCUGUCGUAUCCUUCAGUAGCGAAUUGUUUGACCAAAAACAAAGAAAUGGUGUACAAAGUGUUGAACAGUCACGGUGACGUGGAUAAUCUGAUCACUUUGGCAACUGGUAACAAAGACUACGAAAAUAUGAUCAGAUAUUAUUUGGAAGACGGGCAAAUACAUUCGGCUCUCAGUUUAUUUCGGGACGAACCGGUGGCUGUGAUUCGCAAACAUUUGACCAAAUCGUUUUUGACCGAAUUUACCAUCUUGGCGCCUAAAGAAACGGUCGAUUUAUUGAUAAAAUUGGGACGAAAUAUGGAGCCUUCUUCGUUUCUGUCGUCCUUGAUCAUUCCGAAUGACAAUCUGAAUCAGGCUCUCGAAGUAAUUCGAUAUUUGGAAUAUUGCGUACAUUCGUUGCAUUCGCGCGAUGAAUCGGUUCACAACUACUUGAUUACUUUGUACGCUAAGCAUAAACCCGAUAAGCUGAUGCAGUAUUUGGAUACACAAGGGCAAGAUUCGUCCAUGGUCAACUAUGACAUUCGAUACGCUUUGAAACUAUGUCAAGAAUACGGAUUAAAAAAAGCCUGCGUACAAUUGUCGUCGUUAUUAGGUCUAUGGGAAAGCGCGGUAGACUUGGCGUUGACGGUAAAUUUGGAACUGGCCAAACGAACGGCUAUUCAGCCUUCCAAUCAGAAUCCCGAAUUAUGCAAAAGAUUAUGGCUCAAAAUAGCUCAGCACGUCGUGAACGAAUGUAACGAUAUUGAAAAGGCUAUGGAAUUUUUGCAACAAUGCGAUCUGAUCAAAAUAGAGGAUGUGUUGCCGUUUUUUUCCGAUUUCGUUACCAUCGAUUUAUUCAAAGAUGCAAUUUGCUCUACCUUACAGGAAUACAACGAACAUAUCGAGCAUCUGAAAGAAGAAAUCGACGAUGCCAUCAACUCGGCGGAUAACAUUCGAUCGAACAUAAAUUCGUUUAGACACAAGUACACGAUAAUCCACUCGUCGGACUUGUGUUCGAGUUGUAAUAUUCAACUAUUGCUGCGACCUUUUUACGUAUUUCCGUGUUCUCAUCAUUUUCACAAAGAUUGUUUGCUGGCUGAAAUGAAACCCUAUUUAGAUGAGAGCGACUCGAAUGAGCUGCAACGUUUACAACAGCACUGGUCAGCGGAAAACAGAUACACGACAGCCGUCAACGCUGACUCGAGUCCUUUGCGGGCGAAAGAAAACUUGGAAUCUAAAUUAGACGCGUUAUUGGCGAACGAAUGCUUUUUCUGCGGCGAUUUAGUAAUUUCGAACAUAGACAAGCCGUUCGUGAACGACGACGAAUUUGAAAAAAUUUAUUCGGAUUGGCAGUGAAACGUAGCCGUCGUCGUACCUCUACACGUAUCAGUAUCAGUAUCAGUGUGGGUACAUCUUCGUAUAUACUCGCGGUUCAUUUACAGUAAUUUUACGAGUACGUAGACGUACCUAUACCUACCUAUCUACCUAAAAUGUACUCGCAUAAUACAUAUGUAAUGUACCUAUGCACAUGCAGUAUGCAUUACCUACCUAGUCAGUCUAUUCGUACAGGUACAUACGUAUGUUUAUUGUGUACUCGUAUCAUGAUUCGAGUAUGUUUGUAGUAAAGCGACGUCGUCGUAAAAAUUGAACUUUAUUUUGUACUAUUCGUGAUUUUUCCACAUUUGUAUUCGUUAUCGAACUAGCUCGUAUUGUUAAUUAAAUUAUUGAAAAAUAAUCGCAGGAAACGAGUCGAGGUGUAGCCGAUAUCUCGUUUAUCGUUAUUCCAUUAUUCCACGCUCGUACCUUAUGGUUUUGUAAUCAUCGAGCUUAAUUAAUACUCGAAUAAUAAAUUUUUUCCACGUA